UGAACCGGUUCUGGUAAACAGUAGAAAACGUUUGGCUACUCGUAAACAUUGCGUUAUUUUCAAAAGUUUUUUUUUAAGUUUUUUUUGUGACUUGCAAGUGUUUUAUGUGAAAUAAAUACGCAUCAUUCAUCGAAAGCAAUAACACCUUUCGGAAUAAAACCAUAAUCUAGACCUUCAUCGGAAACAUGGACGAAGACGUCGAGUUCCGUGACAUGGUGCUAAAAAAGCUUGAGGAAAAUGGAUCCCUGCUGGAAAUCAAGGCCAAGCUUCGUGCCUAUCUGUACGACGUCAUCGAAAACGAUGGCAAAACGUCAGAAGUGGUCCACGACACGGAUCUCACCUACAACACGGACAAAUCGGAACUGGAUGACGACGACGGAGAAGAAGAAGAUACCUCGGAACCGGACGACCGUUCGUUGGCCCUGGGAUUGGUGUUCGAUCUGCUGGAUUGCCUGAAGCUGCCCUACACUAAAAAGGUGCUCUCGGCCGAAACGGGCGUCCAGAGGCCAUGUCCCCGGGUGAGACUCAGGAGAGAAUUCCUGAGGAACCAAGAUAACGAUUUGAGCAGCGAAGCAAUUUUACUGCAGCUGAUUGAGCAGAACAGGAAGGGAUCGACUUCCGGGGAUGUAUCACAAGUAAGUAAAGAUGUAACCGAAAGCCCCUCGGCCCCGGAUGAGGAAGAGGUGACGGAUAAUUCCGUUGCAACCACGAUUUAAAUGGUUUGGAAGAUCAUCCUGAUCCAGGUUUUAAUUGCACGCACAUUCCCGCAGCAUUUUAUAUUGGAGUAGCCUCUUCAAUCGUACCUCUCUUUUAGGUGUAUUUUUUAAAUGUAUUAUUUUAUUUUGGUGUACAAACAAAA